AUGGAUGAUUCCAGUGAUAAAUUUUAUUACAUAUAUUCGUCCCAAUUAGAUGUAAACGUUAGGGUUAAAAUAGGUACUCUAGAUGGACACAAAGAAAGACAACAAUUUGAUAAACUCCUUGAAGAUCCUAUGCUCAAAUUCUGUGGACUUUAUCAACAAGAAACUGCAGAUUUGAAAGUGGUGUGCCAAGUUUUUGCUGAUAAUAGACCAUUAGCUCUGCCAGUGUGUACAAGCUACAAACCAUUUACUACACGUUGGAAUUGGAAUGAAUGGGUUACAUUGCCAGUUUUGUUUAGUGAUUUGCCGAGAAAUGCUCAAUUAGCUUUAACCAUUUAUGAUUGUAUCGGAUGUUCUCAAACUCAGCCGGUUGGAGGGACUACAAUAUCAUUAUUUGGCAAACAUGGCGUGUUCAGGACUGGUAUGAUAGAUCUCAAAGUCUGGCCAAACUGUGAAGCUGAUGGAAAUUUCCCUAGUCAAACACCUGGGAAAACCAAAGAUAAUGGAAAAAUUCAAACUCAAAGGCUUGCAAAGCUGGUUAAAAAACAUAAAAUUGGCCAACUGCCAGUGGUUGAUUGGUUAGAUAGAUUAGCAUUUCUUGAAAUAGAAGUUAUCAAUGAAAUGGAAAAAAAAAAUUCAAAUUUUUUUCAUUUGAUGAUCGAAUUUCCUUUUAUCGAAGUCAAUUCAGUUCCUCAUUCAAUUGUGUAUUACGAGCAUGACGGCGAUGAGAUUUACAUGUUCAAACCACAAGCUGAUAUCGUUACGAUACCCGAUCACGAAGUUUUACAAGAAAAUUUAGUCGAAAGCAAACACCACAAACUGGCUCGUUCUAUUCGUUCGGGUGUAUCAGAUAGAGAUUUAAAACCCAAUGCCAUUGUCAGAGACGCUUUAAAUACAAUCGUUGGAUAUCCUCCUACAACUCAGCUUUCGGUCGAGGAACAAGAUUUGGUUUGGAAAUUCAGAUUUUAUUUAAGUAAUCAAAAAAAGGCUCUAACGAAAUUUUUAAAAUGCGUUAAUUGGUCGAUAGCAUCGGAAAAUCGUCAAGCAAUUGAAUUAUUAAAUCACUGGGCCCCCAUGGAUGUCGAAGACGCAUUAGAAUUGUUGUCUCCCAAUUUUACACAUCCGGUUGUGAGAAAGUAUGCAGUCACUCGUUUAAAACAAGCAUGCGACGAAGAUUUAUUAUUAUAUUUAUUACAACUAGUCCAGGCAUUAAAAUAUGAAAAUUUCGAGUGCAUUAAAGCUGCUUCGUUGGUUUCGAAAAAUGAUGAUAAUUCAUUGGUAUCUCGAAACGAAAAAGUUUCAAGUGAAAAUCAUCUCGUUAUCAACACCGUUAAUGAUAAUAUUCAAGGAAACAAUACGGAAUUAAAUGAAUUUUCAUAUUCCAACGAUGGCGAAGAACAAAAUAAAACAGAUUUCGGAGAAGAAAAUUGUGAUUUAGCUUCGUUUUUGAUUGAUAGAGCAUCCAAAAAUACAACUUUAGCUAAUUAUUUUUAUUGGUAUUUAGUGAUAGAGUGUGAGGAACAAGAAAAUAACGGAAAGCAAGAUAGUAAAGUAAGAGAAAUGUACAUGACGGUUAUGAAAUUAUUUUCUGAAAAACUCAUGAAAGGAAACGGUGAAUUGAAAAAAAGAAGACAAUAUUUGCAAAGGCAACAAAAUUUUAUAAACAAACUUGUUCAACUGGUCAAGACUGUAGCCAGAGAAAGCGGAAACAGGAAAAAAAAAACGGAAAGAUUGCAGUAUCUUUUGUCCGAUCCCGAAGCGUUAAAAUUUAAUUUUACUAAUUUCGAACCUCUUCUUUUUCCUUUGGAUCCACAAGUUUUAAUAAAAGGAAUCAUUCCAGAAAAGGCAUCUUUAUUUAAAUCCGCGCUCAUGCCAUCUCGGUUAACUUUUUUGACCGAUGACAAUAAAGAAUACGUGGCCAUUUUUAAAUACGGUGACGAUUUACGACAGGACCAACUUAUAUUACAAAUGAUAACUCUAAUGGAUAAGUUACUGAGAAGUGAAAAUUUAGACUUGAAAUUAACUCCUUACAGAGUUCUAGCUACCAGUGCGAAGCACGGUUUUUUGCAAUUUAUCGAGUCCACGACAGUAGCGGAAGUUUUGGAAUCGGAAGGAAGUAUACACAAUUAUUUUCGAAAACAUCAUCCCAACUCAACAGGACCCUACGGUAUCUCUAGCGAAGUUGUCGAUUCUUACGUUAGGAGUUGCGCGGGUUAUUGUGUCAUUACUUACCUUCUCGGAGUCGGCGAUCGUCACUUUGACAAUUUGCUUCUAACCAAAGAUGGUAAAUUGUUUCACAUUGAUUUCGGGUAUAUUCUCGGUCGCGAUCCAAAACCGAUGCCUCCACCCAUGAAGUUGAGUAAAGAAAUGGUGGACGCAAUGGGAGGAGAAAAUUCUGAACAUUAUCAACAAUUUAGAAAACAGUGUUACACUGCUUUUUUACAUUUGAGAAGACAUGCUAAUUUAAUGCUAAAUUUGUUUUCUUUAAUGGUUGAUGCUUCUGUGCCUGAUAUUGCUCUUGAACCGGAUAAAGCAGUUAAAAAAGUUCAAGACAAAUUUAGAUUAGAUUUAACCGAUGAAGAAGCCGUUCAUUACAUGCAAAAUUUAUUAGACUUGAGCGUGUCUGCUGUAAUGCCGGCAUUAGUUGAACAUUUUCACAAAUUAGCCCAAUAUUGGAGAAAAUAA